GUUUCAUCUAUCUUGAUAUUGGGUAGUCACAAUACAAGCGCCAUGUCGUCUUUUAUCUCACUCGAUCUCUCAUACGAGGGCGACUCAGUUACGGAAAAUAAAAUUGUUGCUACACUUCAGGACCUCGUCGACGACGCAGAAUCCCCCAGGUCUGCGGCGAAGAUAAUCAAUCGGGUGAUUAUUGAUGACUGCCGUGAUGCUUCUAUUUCUUACAAUUCGGCAUCAGAUCCGACAGCAGGGCAGAUAGAGUCCGGUACCGUCCGUGCCCCUAACCCCGGCGGAUGGAUGGAAUAUCUCUGGGACUGCCUGGGAAGAGCAGCAAUGAGAGUACCUGCUGACCAUAGAGGCCAAGACAGACUUGUAAGCCUGCUCCAGGAACUCCGGCAACUGCCUAAGAUCCUUGUCCCCGGGCUUGUUGCUGGAGAGAUGAGGGAAACCAUACUCUGGAAUAUCACGAAAGAAACUCGGUAUGAGGGCCUUACCCAGUGGCUUUGGGAUCUUGAUCAAGGUAACUUUAAUGGUGCACGCCAGGUAGAGAGUGACCCAAAUGCUGCUGCUGCCUAUAUCAACUUCUCUGCUUUUCUGGCACGCCUAUUGGCGGCCGGCGUAGCAGACACGAACACCCUGAGCGCACUACGACGACCGUCGCCAUUCGCAACAAGUCACCAAGAUCGUAUCUUACAUGACUUGCCUCGCCACGAACCUUACGCAGCAGCUGCGGCCCAGUGGAUUAUCUAUGCUGGGGAUGUACUCUUCGAGCUAUGCGAAAAGCGCAUACUCGUCGAGGUCGGGAGUUUGAGAUAUAGUCCAGCUUUGUGGCGCGUAUGGAGCGUGAAAUUUAAAGCUUUUGCCGAGAGCAACGAUCCUAGCACUGAGACUCGAGAGUUUGCUAGGCAGGCUGUGGAUAAGAUGGGCCAGUGUAAGAGGGACGGUAUUAAUCCUGCGAAGAGCGUGGUUGAGAAGUUUGGUUAUAUACGCCCUGACGAGGACUAG